AUGGAUAAGGCAUGGAAGAAAUUCGAGGAAAAAAGGUCACCAAAGACACCGACAGUUGAUUUGAGAUCAAAGGAAAAGGAAAAAGAUAAGAACAAAGAAGAGAGAAAUGAGCAGAAAAACAAGGAGAAAAAAAAUGAUCAAAACAUUGUGCAAAAUGAGGAGAAUAAAGACAAAAACUUGUUGACCCCCUCACCAGUAGUUGAUUUGGGAUCAAAAGAUGAAGAAGAAGAGAAGGACAAAAAAGAGAGAAACGAGGAGGGAAAAAAGGAGAAGAAAGAUGAUCAAAACUGUGUGCAAAAUGUGGAGAAGAAAGAGAAAAUGAAUGAGGAGACACCGAAACACCAAUUCCUCCAAAAAAGAAGCAACCUUUUGAUAUAA